AUGGAGCAUGUUUCUGUUGAUUUUUACUCCGAAGCUAUCUUUCGUCGAAGUCGAUCACCGUCACCGUCGAUCCAUGGGCAUAUCUCGGCGAUGCCUCCAGGAGUGAAGCCAGAUUUCCCACCAACAACAAUGUCGUUUGCGAUGGUGAACCCUGUGGUAGCACCAAUUGUGUCCACCGUGGCCCGAGUACCAGCUGAGAUUGCACCACCUGUCAACUUACCUGUAAAACAGCGGCCUGGUCCGCCGGUGAACAAAGCCGGUGGUCGCAUCGUGCCAGUGAGCGGCGCCCUCGCAUCCGCUAGACGCGAUCCACGCCUCGCUCGACUAGUCGCCCCGCAACCUAUCGCACCCAACGUAUUCGAUAUGAGACCUCUCGAGCGGGUCACUAAACGCAAAAACGUUAUCACCAUCGAUGUCCGCCCCGAUGCUCCGCCCGUGCGACACCCGCGCGAUCCCCGUCGCCGCGAUCCGCGUCUUAACAAACGUGACGACCGCCAACAAGGACAACCGGAAACGCAUCCAUCCAUCCUCGAACGCCUCAUUGAAAUAAAAAGCAUCGAUAAACUCCCGCCGAUACCCAAAAUACGGCGAGAGCGAGAACCAGACGAGGAGCAAGCCGUCGUUCCUAAAAAGAAGAAAGACACAGACACUCGGCCUGCCGCCGACGCCAAUAAGGAAGCAGCAGAAGCGUCAAGCGUAGGCGAUGUUGUUGUGGAGAAUAAGGACGUUGACCUUAGAGUGUUGCAUCCAGCAGUGGCCGAACCGAAAGCGGCCCCCGUUGCCUUAAAGAGAUCAUCCGCAGAACUACUUGACGGCAAACCUAAGAAGACUAAAGUUGAUAAGUUUGAUGUUUUGUUCGGUAACGAAGAUGUUGAUCUUCGCCAACUACCGCAAGGACGACGGAUGUCGUUUAGCAAAUCGCCAAGUAUCGAAAGAGAACGAAGACGUACUACAAGAUUGAUUACAGAAGACACAGACUUGAGGGUAGAGAAUGGCAAAGAUUUCGGUGCAGAAGAUCAUAAAAAGUCCAUAUCUUUAAUUAUGAGUCAGGCUAAGGAGCACUUUACGGACGGUCGACUUGAUAAAAAUCAGUACAACACUCUAAUGUAUCAAGUGCUACAACUGAAAGAGAAAUUACAACUUAAAGAGGCUAAGCAGAGGGAAUCAUUGGAAGUAUCGAAACGAAAAGUCAACGCUCAAAUUCGAGAAGCCAAUCACAAAACACCUAGUCGAAAGACGUCCCCUAAUACAUUAGGUGAUAUCGACGAAAGAAUCACACCACCCGCAUUUUUUGAUACUCCUCUGGAUUAUCAAAGCUAUAUGGCAACUGAUUCAGUAAUGAGAGUAAAUUCAAUCGAUGGACCCAAACACGGUCUGUUGCCUAUCCCGCCAGCGAUACAGCAGAAUGGACCGAACCCAUUCCCUCCUGCUUGGAGAGGGCCGCGACAGCGAACGGAGGAGUAUGUGCCUAGAAGAUUCCGAGCACCAGGUCCACCGUACUUCAGAGGAAAGUUUGAUAAGCGAGGUGGCGUUUGGCCGCCGUUUGAACCUCUGCCAAAACCUAAAAUUGGAAUGUGCCAAGGACAGUGCCCUCUGCAACCUUAUGAGAGAAUUUCUAAUCCACCACCGCUCGGUGUCACCGACGUUAUCGUACCACCCACCGACUUCAAUGUCCUGGAAUAUAUUGAUCAAGAUCCUUCCAAAACUAUACAGAUCGAUGGUAUUGCUCGUGAGAUUAGAUUUUAUGGAGACACCGCAAUUAUUAUGAUGGAUUGGGACGAUCCACGCGAAAUAAGGUUUCUACCUGGACGUAGAAGAGUCACGUUCGACAACAAGGACUCUAUAGUUUUAUCUUUCAAUGAGGGAUACAAAAAGGUUGAAAUCGAUGACCAAGUGUUUGAUAUUAAAUUUGGUGCUCCAACUAGAGAGCUGUACAUAAACGGGAGGUGGUUUGAGUGUAUCUUUGGUGGACACCAACCUUUAGGUGUCAUCAUUGACGGAAAGCCUAGGUUGGUGCAUUUAGAAGGACCGCUACCUCGAGUGGACAUAAGUAAGACAAAACGGACUGAUCUUGUUGCCGGAAAAAUCAACCUUAUAGUGAAUGCUGUUCACAUAUGCCCGGUGUAUUUGGACGCUAAAGUGCAGAAGUUCCAAAUCGAUGGCAAAUUGUUUACUCUUCGUUUUGUGGACUCAUUUAGGACCGUCUUGAUAAACGAGCAGCCUUUCGAGGUAGAGUUUGAUGAUUUGCCAAGACCUAUACGCGUGGGUGACGUGAAAUAUUUUAUUAGAUUUUCGGCGUUGCCGAAAUACGUAAAGCCUGGUUUGUCAAAAGUCGCUAAUAUGGAAGGGUCGUCGGUGCUGUCGCCGCCAGAACCGGUAGUCAGCUUUGAGAAUAUUCACGACCGGAAACCUCUCUUUGCCACGUCGGAAAAGAUUCCAGGCCUAGAAACUCGCUCCGAAGAAAAACCCCCCGAAAAUAUCUUACCCAUACUUGGCAAUAAUAUCAAUGUGAACGACUUGUUCGCUAAGCUAGUAGCGACGGGCAUCAUUCAAGUACCAAAUGAAUCCAAAAAAGGAGAGAAAGCAUUACCAACAAAGACCGAAGAACUAAUGAAACCUAAGCCUAAAGAAGAUAAGAAUGUCAUACACAGAGUUGAUCUUUUGAAGCCGGAAACUUUGAGAGUAAAGCAACCAGGUCUAGUAGAAAAACUGUACGCCGGCAUGCAAUGCUCCGGGUGCGCGACGCGUUUCCCUCCAGAGCACACUGUGCGGUAUUCCCGACAUUUGGACUGGCACUUCAGACAAAACCGAAGGGACAGAGACUCCGCGCGAAGGGCACACUCUAGACGCUGGCACUACGAUCUAUCCGAUUGGCUGCAGUACGAAGAGGUCGAACAUCCGGAAGAAAGAGAAAAGAGUUGGUUUGAAACGGGCGGGGCGAUCUCUACCGGAGGCGACGGGGCCUCGGUCCCGAGCGUGGCGGCCGGAGCGCCCGCCGCCCAUCACUGUGCCCUGUGCGGUGACGCCUUUCAGCAGUUCUACCACGAGGACGAGGAGGAGUGGCAUCUACGCAACGCUGUACGUCACGAACACAACAACUACCAUCCGAUGUGCCUCGACGACUACAAGUUGUCGUUAACGAAGAAUGAGACACCAGCAGAAGAUACCGAUUCACAGUCCGACAGCGAGUCUGUAGUGGAGGUUAUCGAACCGAUGAUCGAGGAACCUGAACCGGUUGAAAUCGAUGACGAAGGCGAUGAAGAUGACGUGAUAUACAUAGCGGAGCCAGUAGAGGAGGUGUUGGUUGAGGAUGACGCGGACACGGAUGAUGAGACGGUCGCCACGCGGGCUGAACGCGAUCGUCUCGCUCGGAUAGACUUCUCCGGGAUCAAGGUCAAGCAGGAGCCCAUGGAUCCAGACGACGACGAGCCAGUGAUCACCGCUGAAGAGUGGUCUCCCCCUCCCGUUGUGGAUACCACACAGGCUUCGGUCCAAUCGUCUUUGGACGGCAACACACAGUUGGAAGUGGCCACAGUACGAGCUCCGCCAACCGCUAUCAGGAUCAAUAUCUCCAAAACCGUCCCCACUUUACCGGAACGUCGUAGACAAGAGGUAGAGAAGGAAGAGCCCCCGCCACCUGGCGAGGAACCAGAACCGGAGUACACCAUGAAACCGCAACUCGUAGGGCUACAUUUAAGUAGACAACCGCCCGUUCAACGUGGAUCUGAGCUUUCUGGACUAUGCUCUAUUAUGUAAUUUAAAUACGUUACGACAAGUGGUUUCCUCUCUUAACCAUUGAUAUCAACUACAUGCGCUAAUAAUAUCAUGCGCUAACACGAUACACGCGUGAAAUUCGAAAAAGAUGAAAAUGAGUAUGUACAAGGAAAAAAUGAUUCAGGUAGUAAAGGAAAAUACAAAAAAAAAAAACAUAAAAUAAAAAAUAAUAAAAAAAGACAGGAGGUAAUAAUAAAAAAAAUAGAUAAAUAAAUUAAACCACAGAAGAGAACCUAGAGGGAGAGGGAGGGAACCAAGGGCGGGGGAUGUGUUAGUUUGCAUACAGUACAACGCCUCAAACUGACGCAUCACCUAUUUUAUCACUAAACCCAAGUGAUAAUCUGGCGAACGGCCUCAGGGGAGAGCGCGGGUCGUGUAGAUCCCUGAGGCAAGCCUGACUAUCUCCUUCACGUGGUUGCCGCCUGUUAUUGGUCUGAUUCCCUAUGAAACAGACGUAACUGAAAUAGUCAGACGCGUCACCCCAAACCAUCAUCUCUCCUAUCAUUUCCUAUCACUUCCUUCCUCAUCCCAAUCUACCUUCCACUCCCUAAGACUGUCAUCUGCCAUCAUUAGGCUUAGUCUUCCAGUCCACUUGGCCAAGGGAGGCCAAGAGAGGUGGUAGCCAAGGUGCGGAGCCUCUCCUGCGCUAAGACCUGCGCAGCAGUGCCGUACGCGGGGAUGAAGGGAUCCUGGUGUUAGAGCAUGCAAGGGGUAUCUGCGGCACCCUGGAAGCAACACAGCACUUUGGCCCGGAUUUCAAUGCCUUGAAUUUUUUAAAAUCUUUGACAAAUGGUUAAAUAUCAGAUAAAUAUGUUUUUUGAUUAAUAGUUAGCCUAACCAUUUGUCACAAUUACAACCAUUUGUCAAAAAAUUUAACCAUCACUGGAAGCUAGGUUAAGUAAAUGACCAAUUGUUAAAAGAACAGAUGUACAACUGCGUUGUAUUAACUUGGUCCCUUGUUAUUGUUUUUUUACGUUGUUUUUAUAACCCACAUGAAUUCAUAGUGAAUUUGGACAUUAGCUAUUUUUGGAAUUUCGUUUUAUGAUGCAAUUUCAUAGGAAAAUAAUCAUUGUCAUUUUUUGGUUAUAGGGUUAUUGAAAAUAAGUUAUAUUUUUAUCUCGAUCAUCCUUAGUAUAUUUGUACUAUAUAGAAAUAAUUUUUCUUGUUUCCACGGGCAGAUGCCAAAUUAUUCAAUAAUUAAAAAUCUUUUAAAUUGCACGAAUAGACAAUACAAAAGGUAAAU